AUGCCGGCCCUGCCAUUUGUAGGGGAUAGGCAGAGCUAUGACUUUGGUAAUGUACCGGAUGACACCAACCUUCCGUUCAUCAUAUUCGUGUCGUCCCUCUUGUCGUUCGGGGUCCUGCUCAUUCUCAUUGUCGCAAUUUACUAUAUAUUCACAAAUGGUGUGCUUGCUGGCUUUUUCAGUGAAAUUUCAAACUCGGGAGAUCCACAGGUACACAUCCCCGAUGCUUUCACGUACAAUGAAGAGAGUCUCAAGGAGGAUGAACUCACGUAUCUCCCGGAAAUGACUCCGGAAGAACAGGAGGAUUAUCUUCUGGCCAAGGAAUUUUUUAAUAGGAACCCGCCACGACUGAACUACAUGGGCAGUGCUUAUGGAGUGCCUGAGGAACUGCUGUUACGGGAUCGUGGUCUGCAUGCAUUUUGGUUCAAGCCCUAUACUGAUCAAGUUGCUGGUCUCAUGAGUGCUCCCAGCACUAGCACAGCUUCCAACUCCGUUGAAGUCAACUCCAGUACAUCGCUUUUGUCAGCCCCGAUCAACUCUUCUAUGCGAGCCAACUACGGCAGUAUGGCCUCAUCACAUUACACCACAGUACCAUUUUACAUCGAAGACAAGACCGAUAUUGUUUUUAGAACAGCACAGACAUCCUCAACAACGUUGAAUUUUCCGAUUCCCAUCAAACACAGAAACAACGAUUGCGUUUACUUCGAGACCAAGCUGUAUGACUUUGACUCGGAAAAUACUCUCAUAUCAAUAGGGCUGAGUACAAGUCCUUACCCCAACUUUAGGCUUCCAGGCUACAACUUCUACUCUGUUGCCGUUGAGACCUCUGGUUAUUUGCGCAUUAACAAGCCGUUCCCGCAACCGUCUACAUGUCCCGUGAUUCUCCCACAGCUGCUGGAAGGAGAUGUGGUUGGCAUUGGUUUCAAAUCGUCGACCGGCACUGUUUUCGUGACUCAUAACGGAAAGAAGAUUUUGGAUGUGAUCAAAAACUUGAAGAUGGACUUGUAUCCGUGCAUUGGCUCUAUUGGUGGACCAUGUCGCGUGCAGGUCAAUCUGGGACAACUGGGGUUCGUAUUCAUUGAAGCUAAUGCUAAGAAGUUGGGAUUUUGCGAGGGAAAUAACGAGGGCACCAUUGGAGCACCUCCUUUGUACAAUGAAGUUGCUGGAAUCAGUUCUAAGGAAAAUGCAGAUAUCAUUUUGGAAGAAGGUGAGAGGCUUCCGCCUGAUUACCCCGACUGGGAGGAAACCUUUUUUGGACCAGUGGGCGUGCGGCCCUCUCCUAAAAACGGCAAUUCCACUCGUGGCUUUGAGUAUAUUACAGCCGAGGGAAGCUCCCAUUUUCCAGAGAGCCAUGCAGCUUCUGUUGAUCUACGCGAGCCCGGUUCGAAGCCACCAAGCUAUAAGGAAGGUGUCAAUCCCGACUCAACAUCGCAGAUUCUCAGUGUGGACUCGAGAAACUACGAACUGAACGUUUCUAAUCGUCUCUCUCCACCUUCGCCAUUAUACCCUAUUCAGGUCCAGAGUGGUUCUCUAGGCAAGAAGGCCAAGAGGACUCAGUCGUGA